AAAAAUUCAAGUUUAAACUUCAAGUUCAAACGAACGGCGUUAUUUGUUUUUGAUAAUUAAUAUUUUCUUAUUUUAUAAAAGUAUAAAGUUAACGCAAGUAAUAUUCUUUUAAAAAUGCCGACAGUAUAUACCUUCAGCCGCAGUGAUAAUGAUAUCCUACAGGAACUCCUUCGAGUGUUCAGUUCAGGAAGAGGUACUGCAAAGGAACAAUGGACUUUACAAGCGGAAGUUCUUGUGGAACCUGUUGGCUGGGAUGCUUUGUGGAAAUUGUCUAAAGAAUUUUGCAAAAAAUUUGAGGUAAGAUUUCCAUGCAUAGCAUGUGUUACGGUAACUUCGGUUGACUUUGAGGAGCUCUCUGCUCAAGUGGAUGUGUUGAGUGUCCAGCAUGAGGCAGUGUCUUUACCCGAAAACAUUGUGGACGUCCCCCUCACAGAACUCUGGCCAACUGUGAAACAGCGUGAGCAAUGUGUGAAUGCUUCUAGCACAGCUGAAUUUAUAGAUUUGAUGAGAUUUUAUUAUCAAAACAUUUGGAUGCCAUGGGACGAUCAGGAUGAUAAAGUCCUACUUCCAAAUACAAUAGAAGACAGGAUGAAUCUAUGGAUGGAACUGCACAAUGGGUCUAUACCAAACUGUAUAUCUCGUUCAAUAACGCUGUUACGUAAUAGUGCUAUCAACGCUCAUGAGAAAUUAAGAGAACUGGAUUCUUCAUUAUGUGAUGGAGAUAUUGCUGAUGAAGAUGACUCCCUUCUGCCACCAAAUUACAUUUCUCUGUGUGCAGAGAUGAAUGCAAGAUUAGAUGGACUUAUGUCUAAAUGGACUCUGUAUGAGAAUCCAUUAAUAAGGGAACAGUAUCUUGCAAAAGCAAGAAGUAAAUGGCAAAAACACAAGAGUAAAAGGAAUGUUGUAGCUUUAUGGCACGGAGGUAAUAAAGCAGACUUUGAAAACAUAUCAAAAUUUCUUUACUCUCAACUUACAAACGACCACACCCUCUCUAUAAUGGUGUCUGCGGAGGAAGGAUUGUCGCUGGAACCAGAAGAAGUUGUAAUAUGUGAUAAAGAAUAUGAAAUCCCAGAAAUGCCAUUGUCUCAAAUAUCAUUUUGUAGCUUUAAUGGAGCAACACUCAAAGCAACGGACAUGCGAUCCUGUUUACUCAUGUUAAGCGAAGAUUGUAGGAUACGAGACUUAACGUUACACUGUGCACUUGUCAACACUGUUAUAGUCAUGAGAUCUGGGACGCUGCAUGUCAAGAAUUGCAUGUUAAUCGACGAUUCGAAGAGUUUUCAGAGCGAUUUUGCGCAGGGCAUCGUUGCAAUGUCCGGAGCUGAUAUAGUUUUAGAAGAUUGUACAUUUGAAAAUUUCUAUUCUGGAAUCGUUGUACAUAAAGGAGCUAAGGUGGAGCUCCGCAACUGCUUGAUAAGGAAGUGCGGCGUCGGCAUCCAGAUGUACUCCGGCGCGCGCGUGCGCCUCGACGGCACCGCGCUGCGCGACUGCGCCGAGCGCUGCGUGCGCUGCGAGCGCGACGCGACCGCGACCGCCGGGGGGGGCGCGCUUAUGGAUGGUCUGCAAAUAACAUCAAAUUGCAAAAUUGGAUCCGGUAACUUGGAGGAGGAGGUUCUGAUCGUACAGCAAGAUGUAAACUUAGCUUAGAUAUAUUUCUCAUUAUUAUUGCGUAGAAAAUUUGUUAUUAAAGUAUGUUGUUUAGUUAUUCGUUAUAUUAAACAAGGCAAUGUUCUAACUAGCGCUUGUUUCGCUGGGCGUUAAUUAUAUUUUAAAUAAAUAAAAAUGUUUAAUAUUAAUUUGUUUUUCAAGUUUUACUAUAGGAGCACUAUAAGUUUGCCGGUCUGAAGUCAGACACACGAUAAUCGAUAUACGUAAAUCUAAACGCAGAAUAUGCGUGUUCAUUUCUUUAUUAUUAUUUCUAGGGAACCAAUUUUUUUUUCAUAGCUGUACCUAAUGUUAACUGGUAACACAGAUAUCGGAACUGUAAUGAGUACAAACUAGUUGGUGACAUGCGCCGUCAGCCAACUGAGCAACGGGAGUAUGACUCUUGUACCUGUAAUUACACUGGCUCACUUAGUGUUUUAACGUUUAAAUCAGCGUUGCAGAACUAUCGAUAGUUGACCUCGAAAAC